CAUCUUCUAUUCUGCGGUAAAGAUGGCGGCGUCAGAGGGGGCGCGCAGCGGCCGGACAACGGCAAAACGGUUUUGAUUAUAUACAGUUUUGACCAAGUGUAGGUCGUCAGUUGUCGUAAAUUACUGCUCGGACACUAUUUGGACCACCGGAAUAGAGAUAAUCGCUGUCACACGUCGGGGUUGUGAUUUUAUUGUUACAGGCAGGCUGGGUGGGUUUUACUGGUUGCUGCUAACGUUAGCUAUCAGGCUAGCCAAGUGAGCUAACACGGAGUAGUUCACGUUAGCUUGGAGGAGAACAGUGGGGAGGGGACUGAGGAAGAGUAUUCGGGCCAGGCGGCUUCAGCUUGGGGAAUGUGAACCAGAGGAGCACAGGGGGUUUGCUUGGUUUGUCCCAAACGUCCUCACACCAAACUACUGGAAUGGGACAGCAGGUAGGACGCGUCGGUGAGGUUACAUCGACCGGAUUCCAGCCACCACCUCACGCGCCCCAACCAAACCAGGGGAAGGGGAACCGGGGGAGCGGCGCCGGGAGGAGACCCCGAGAACCCGGCUGUAGCACCGCAGCACCGUCAGGCAGGGUUGCUGCAGUCAACGUGCCCGAUCCUGGGAUCAAUAUAUUCACACAGCAUUCAGAAGCUCUGACAGAGGCAGUUCGCUGGAGCUCCAAGGAGAAUCUACUGGGGGCAGCUGAGAGCGACCCAAACCUCUUUGUUGCACUUUAUGACUUUGUUGCUAGUGGCGACAACACACUCAGCAUCACCAAAGGUGAGAAGCUGCGUGUGCUAGGCUACAACCAGAAUGGAGAAUGGAGUGAAGUACGGUCCAAGAAUGGCCAGGGUUGGGUGCCUUCCAACUACAUCACACCAGUGAACAGCCUGGAGAAGCAUAGCUGGUACCAUGGGCCUGUUUCCCGUAGUGCUGCUGAGUACCUGCUGUCUUCCCUUAUCAAUGGCAGCUUUCUGGUCCGGGAAAGCGAAAGCAGCCCCGGGCAGCUGUCCAUAUCUCUGCGUUAUGAAGGCAGAGUGUACCACUACAGGAUCAACACAGCCACUGAUGGAAAGGUGUAUGUGACAUCUGAAAGCCGUUUUGCCACUCUGGCUGAGCUGGUCCACCACCAUUCCACUGUGCCCGAUGGCUUAGUCACUACACUGCACUACCCGGCACCCAAAUGUAAUAAGCCCACAGUGUACGGUGUGUCACCCAUCCAUGAUAAGUGGGAGAUGGAGCGCACAGACAUCACCAUGAAACACAAGCUAGGAGGCGGCCAGUAUGGGGAGGUGUAUGUUGGCGUGUGGAAAAAGUACAACCUCACAGUGGCAGUCAAAACACUCAAGGAGGACACGAUGGAAGUUGAAGAGUUUCUAAAAGAAGCAGCUGUAAUGAAAGAGGUUAAACACCCAAACCUUGUUCAGCUGCUCGGUGUGUGUACAUUGGAACCUCCAUUCUACAUUGUGACAGAGUACAUGCCACAUGGUAACUUAUUGGACUACUUGAGAGAUUGUGAAAAGGCAGAGGUGAAUGCUGUGGUUCUGCUUUACAUGGCCACACAGAUCUCCUCUGCAAUGGAAUACCUGGAGAAGAAGAACUUUAUACACAGGGAUCUCGCAGCAAGGAACUGCCUGGUUGGGGAGAAUCAUGUUGUGAAAGUUGCAGACUUUGGUCUGAGUCGGUUGAUGACAGGAGACACUUACACUGCUCAUGCUGGAGCCAAGUUCCCCAUCAAAUGGACGGCACCAGAGAGCCUUGCCUACAACACAUUCUCCAUCAAGUCUGAUGUCUGGGCUUUUGGGGUACUAUUAUGGGAAAUUGCCACCUAUGGCAUGUCUCCAUACCCAGGCAUUGAUUUGUCACUGGUCUAUGAUCUCCUGGAGAAAGGUUAUCGCAUGGAGCAACCAGAAGGAUGCCCACCCAAAGUUUAUGAACUGAUGAGGGCUUGCUGGCAGUGGAGCCUGUUGGAUCGGCCUUCGUUUGCAGAAAUCCACCAAGCCUUUGAGACAAUGUUCCAUGACUCCAGCAUUUCUGAAGAAGUAGCAGAGGAGCUUUGUAAGACGGCCUCUUCUAGUCACUGUGGACCACUGCACUCUUUCAGUCAUGAUAUGCCCCUGUUGCCUUCCAAAUCUCGCACGCUCCACAAGCACACCGAAAACAAGGAAAACAUCGAGGGUGGACUGGAUGCGCGUUCUGACCCCGGCACACACAGUCACUCAGGCUGGGCGUCUGUAUUGCUUGGAGGGGAUAGCCGGUCAGGCAGCUCUCCAGCCCUUCCCAGAAAACAGCAGCCACGAGAUAAAUCCCCUAACAGCCUUUUGGAAGAUGCACAGGAUAUGGGCACAUUUACACGAGACCGCAAGACUGGCUUCUUUAGCUCCUUCAUGAAGAAGAAAUCUUUCUCCUCGUCCUCCUCCUCACCAUCUUCACAACACCAACAGAACCUUCCAACGCCACCCAAGAGGAGUAGUUCCUUCCGGGAUAUGGAAACACAGCCCACCAAGAAAUACGAGCCCACAGCUGAUUUCAGCGCUCCUCCUCCCUUGCCACAGUCAGACAGUUUAGGAGGGUUUUCUGCCUCUCCUUCUCACUCCCAUGGGGAACCCACCCAGACACAGUCCCGCUGCUGUGGGGCUGCUUUUGGACAGAAACCCUCUGGUGGAGGUCUUGGCUCUCAGCUGACAAGUGGUAGCAGCUGGGGUGGACUGGCUGGCUUUUUCACCCCCAGGCUCAUCAAAAAGACACUUGGACUACGGACUGGAAAGACGGCCUCUUCAGAGGAGGGUAGUAGUAUAAUUGGUGGACCAAAACCUUUCCCUAGGUCCAAUUCUACCUCCUCAAUGUCAGCUGGACUGCCCGACCUAGAGCGCAUGGCUUUGACUUUACCUAGGAACCGCAGUGCUAAGCCCCCUCUGGAGAGAACUGCUUCCACAACCUCUCAGCCGGAGAACGGGGCUGCACGGCCCUCAGACACUCCGCUGAGGAGGAUGGAUGAGGGGACUGCGCAGAUCAGGGAAAGGCCCAAAGCCAAGCUGCUACCUCGGGGCACUGCUGCAGGGGUGAGGGCACCAGGGGUUGGGGGGGAGGUGGGGGAAUCAGACAACCUGUCUCGGGUCAAAGAGGGUAAGGAGGAGAGUGGAGGGUUGGACAGGCAGCAAAGCUGGCCAUCUCCCUCUAAGACUUCCAGUUUGAGCAUGUCAUCGGCUUCAGGAGGUGUUCCAACUCAUAAUCACAAAGUUCCAGUCUUGAUCUCCCCCACACUGAAGCAUAGCCCAGCCGACGUGCACUUAGUCGGGCUAGACUCUCAGGGGAACCGCUUCAAACUGCUGUCUGAGCACCAAGGCGACCGAGACAGACCAAGACUCAUCAAACCCAAAUGUGCUCCUCCUCCUCCUCCAACUCUGCGCAAUCUGCAACACUCCUACAGCGGUGAUGGAGAGGAGCAGGUCAGUGGAACACCUGUAGAAGUAAAUGGAGAUACAUUAAAAGGUCACAGGUCAGGGCGAACAUCAGGAGGAGCAGUAACAGGUAGACCGUCAGUGCCACCACCACAAGUGCCUCCUGCAUCUACCACCUCCCUUUCCUCUUCAUGCCCUGCCAGCACCAACACUACUCCCACCAAAAUGGCCAAUGGCGCCGCCCCCACUGCCUCCUCACACACAGCACCGUCUGCUGGUUCCAAGGUUGCACUACGGCGAACCAGACAGCAGGUGGAGAGGGUGCCCCUGGAGCGGGUUAGCCGUGAGGCCUUGCUGGAGUGCGCCGAGGGCCUGAGCAGCGCACUAAAUUCCAGCUCUGAAAAUACCUCCAGCACCCAGGUGCUGGAUGCUGGCCACCAGCUGCUAGACUACUGCUCAGGUUAUGUGGACUGCAUCCCUCAAAUGAGGAACAAAUUUGCCUUUCGAGCAGCAGUGGGCAAGCUGGAGCUCAGCCUGCAGGAACUGAGGGCCUCAUCAUCAGGAGGGGGAGGGCUGAGCGGUUUGGGAUCCAACACUGUGGUAGACAACUUACACAGCUGUAUUAAAGAGAUUAGUGACGUAGUACAGAGGUAGCCACUGUGACAACACCAGUUGUCACCUCUAACUAUCAGACAGUUCACUUAUAUUCCUCUUUUUUAAGUUUUAAUUUCAAUGACAGCUUUUUGGGGGACAAAAUGAGAUAACUCUCUAAAGUACCUCAAAUGAAUCACUACAAUAUAUAAUUUUUAUAAUGUUUACAAAAAUACUCCAUAAAAUGCCAGUGUGGACACCAACUUUGCUCUCAAAUGUAAAUAUUGAGAAGAGAUAUUACACCAAACAAAAUGUGGUUUAAGUCACGCCAUGCAACGUUUUGCUACAAGUUUCCAUUUGGCCAUGAUAAAGGCCUCUUUGUUAUCUGAAUGUCAAGCGUCUCAGCUGUGUGUAGCUAGCCAAGAGAGGAGGUAAAACUCACCCUGCUUAUCUGUCGGUCUAUAACAUGCUGAGCAAGAAUGAUGGUGGUUUUGGCCAGCCUUACUCAAAUACAAAACAGUUUAAUCUUUUCAUCUGUUUCACAAGUAUGUGAAUCAUCAACUGAAUGUUUUUGUUUCCCAAUCCCAUUUUAUCAUUGUGUUUUGUGUCUUGAAAUUUAAGUGACCACAAGCUAAAAGUAAGUUAAAAAAAAAUAAAGAUUGCAAUGUAAAUGCAAGGGAAAGGGAAUCUGCAUUUAGUAUGAGUCAAUGUUUGGGGUCUCAAAUCGAAAUUUUCUUUAUGUGUACAGAUAUUUUCUUAGCUGGACAAACAGGAUCAAAUUAUAAAUCUCAAAACUGAUUUUGUUAGUAUUGGAUUAAAGCCUGCUUUUUUGUUUUGUAGAAUAAUCAGCUGCUUUGACAGUGACAUUCCCAGACAUCCAGGUGAAACUGUUGCAAUAGGGGGAUAAUUUACAUUAGUGUUUUCAAUCUUGGUCCUCAGUACCCACUGCCCUGCAUGUUUGCUCCAAC